CCGCGUGACGGCGUCCACCGAAUUCAACUUCCCGGCGGUGUUCAACUUCGGGGACUCCAACUCCGACACCGGCGGGCGCGUGGCCGCCGGCUUCGAGUCCAUCUUCCCGCCCUACGGCUCCAGCUUCUUCGGCGGGCCCGCCGGCCGCUUCUGCGACGGCCGCCUCGUCAUCGACUUCCUCAUGGAGGCAAUGGAUAUGCCACUCCUCAACGCGUACCUGGAUUCUCUAGGCACGCCAAGCUUUCGGACCGGCGUUAAUUUUGCUCAAGCUGGAUGUUCGAUCACACCAGCAAAGCCGACAUCAGUCAGCCCAUUCUCAUUUGGUCUCCAGAUCAAGCAGUUCUUCGCCUUCAAGAACAAAGUCACUAAGCUCCUGUCUGAAGGAGAUAUGCACAGCCGAUACAUUCCUCAGCAAGAUUACUUCUCAGAGGGACUCUACACGUUCGAUAUUGGGCAGAAUGACCUUGCUGGUGAGUUCUAUUCAAGAACAGAGGACCAGGUCAUCGCAUCCAUUCCAACUAUUUUGCUGGAAUUUGAGAAUGGUCUCAAGAAACUGUAUGACCAAGGUGCUAGGAAGUUCUGGAUUCACAACACGGGCCCCCUCGGUUGCUUGCCUCAAAACAUUGCCCUCUUCGGCAAAGACCCAUCCCAACUGGACGAGCUCCACUGUGUGGCGAAGCACAACCGUGCCGCAAAGCUUUUCAACUUACAGCUGCACGCACUUUGCACGAAGCUGAGGGCAGAAUUCGAUGGAGCCAGCAUCACUUACGUGGACAUCCACACGAUCAAAUACAGCCUGAUCGCCAACUACUCUCGAUACGGGUUCGAGCACGCCACUCAGGCGUGCUGUGGAUACGGAGGCCCACCCCUGAACUACGAUGGUAACGUACCAUGUGGACACACGGUGUCUCUGGAUGGUAAGAUGGUCACCGCAAAAGGGUGCAGCGACACUACUGAAUUCGUCAACUGGGAUGGGAUACAUUACACGGAAGCUGCGAAUUUCCAUAUCGCCUCGCAGAUCCUGACCGGGAAGUAUUCUGAUCCUCCGUUCGUGGAUAAGAUGCCGUUCGUCAUAAAACCUAGAUUCUGAUUGGCAUACAAUUUUCCCUCUUUACUCACCCACUUUACAGCACCGGUUGCAGAUACGAUGUAUACUUAUUACUUGCCAAUAACCAUAUAUAGCUUGAGUAAAAAAAUCAU